AAAAGGUCUAGUCUCAAUCAAAACAGCGCACGCGCAACUUCAAGGUGAAUGGAUGACUUCAGCAGCUAAUAUCGUGGUAAAUAUAGCUUCGAAUGCGCUCGGUCUUUAUAAACAAGUUACAGAAAUAGCACGGAACGCUGUCGCAUUGAAGACUUGUCUGAAGUCUUUUGAUGGUCUGGCUAACACUACAAAUGGACGUUGAUUAGCACAGUGUGUCAGUUCGAACUUCACUAUUAGUAGAAUCUGCAAACUCCGGUUCGCCUAUCAGAAACACAACUGGACACUGCAAGAACACAGAGGCACACCAGGAUGGCCACUAUGCUGUGCAGUAGAGCCAGGCUGGUAAGUUACCUCCCUGGGCUUCAUGUGUUGGUGCGUCGUGUGGCUGGAGCCAGAGCCUUCUCUGCUGCUGGAUCCUCCGGCUCUGAUGAGCCUCAUGUAGCCAUCACUCCCUCUGAUAUGGGACUUCGGACAGUGUGGCCUGACGAGAGUAUGGGGCCAUUUGGGCCCCAGGACCAGCGCUUCCAGCUGCCUGGUAAUGUGGGCUUUGACUCCCACCUGGAAGGAGUAGCGGAGCAGAAGAAGAGCCCAGCACAAAAGACAGUCCCUGACGUGUUGUCUGCCCCGUCCAGUAGUGAGAGGCAUGAGUUCAUACUGGCCCAGUUCAUCACAGAGUUCUUUGAAAAAGAUGACCCAGCCUUGUCUCAGAAUGUCAACAGAGCUGAACAGUACUUUGAUACCUCCAGUGUGGAGUGUGCCAUACAGUCCUGCCCUGAACUACUAAAGAAAGAUUUCCAGUCCAUGUUUCCUGAGGCUCCAUCCUCUGGUAUGAUGGUGGUCACAGUGACCCAAAAGACCCACAACAAUAUGACGGCAUGGUGUGCUGAGGUGGAACAGGAGAGGGAGCAGAUGCUUGACAAGUUUGUUGACGGAGCUAAGGAGAUCUGCUACGCCCUGCAGAGAGAAGGAUUCUGGGCUGACUUCAUCGACCCCUCCUCAGGCCUGGCGUUCUUUGGUUCAUACACCAACGACACGCUGUUCGAGACAGAUGACAGGUACCGUCACCUGGGCUUUCAGAUUGAGGACCUUGGCUGUUGCAGAGUGAUCCAACACUCUCUGUGGGGGACACAUAUUUUUGUGGGGACAAUAUUCACCAACGCACCACCCAGCAGCCUUAUCAUGAAGAAGCUGCAGGGCAGCUGAACACAGCCUCAGGGACACCACGCAGGUCACCAUUAAAGCUAUGUAAAAAUGAUAUGGACUGAUUUAUAUUUAUAGAUUCAAAUCUCACAGGCUGAAAGGCUGCUGUUGUCACAAUAAAGUGUUUCUUGAUUAAA